GCUUCACCCUCUCUGCUUCAUCGAUUCUCAGUCGCAGACGCAGCCUCUGUCUCUUCAUCACCGCAAGCUGAACUUAAUCUCGGCCCCACUCUUUCGAAAUCUUUUCUUGCUUGGUUUUCCAGUCUCGCGUUUCGCUAAAAGAUUGGAAAUGAUAAAGAGGAGAUUCUACAGGCUAGAACAUGCCAAUAGAGAUGAUGCUUCAGAUUCAUCUAUGUCAUCAUCAGACUCUGAACCAGAAGCCGGUGCAGAAGAAUCACAAGAUGAUGUAGAAGAAAUUGAUGAAUCCUGCUCUACCUCAUCUGGGUAUGAAAGUGAGGAUAGCUCUGUUAAUGAAGUUGAUGUUGACUCGUCAGGUCUUCCAAGUACUGAAGAUGAUCCUGACGUUAGAAAAGAAAGUCAAACUCCCAUUGGGAGCCAGGUAUCUGAUGAAAGCCCUUCGGGAACACUGGACCUUCAGUCGGAUAUCUUAUCCAUGGAGGAAUCACAAACAGCAGAUAUUCCCGUGUGUAUCCUGAAAUGCAAAUCAGUUUUUAAAUGUAGGUUAUGCCCUAGAGUUGUCUGUUUGAAUGAGGAGACAUUAAAGGCUCAUCUUAAGUCCAAGAGACACGCUCGUUCUGAGAAAUUACUGAAUGAAGGCAGGCUGAAAAUUAUGCUCAACGACAAUGGAGAAAUAGAAAAUCCAGAAAAUCCGACUGAGUCACCUCCUCGACUCCCUGCUUUUCCCCCGGAAAACCGUAGGAGGAAAAACAAAUCAAAACAAAGUUAUGGAUUGCCGGCAAAGAGAUCAAACAAGAAAGAAAAGAAGCAUUUGGAGGGUCAAAUGAGGGGACCAACAAAGAGCCUGGUGAAGAAAAGGCGCAAAACUGAGUAACUUAAAAUUGCUCUUCACUUUCUGCCCCUUCCAAGAUUUUGUUGCCUUUUUUUUUGUUUAGAUAUUUUGUUUGAACUUUGUAAUUUUACAAAAUGAGAUGUGUAAGUCCACUUCUGUUAGGGUGUUUGCUUGGCUAAUUUUGUGAAGAGUAGGAAAUGGGUUAAAUACCUUCGUUGGUUUUAUUUUAUUGCAUUUUUAUUUAGUAAAGUUUUCCAUGUGCCCUUUUUUAAUUUUGUAAACUUCAUAAUUCUGAAAAUCUAUAUUUGUUGGCAGGGUUA